GAACCAUGAUGAAUCGUAGAGGCGGGGGAGGAAGAGGAGGGAGGGGAGGAGGAAGAGGAGGGAGGGGAGGAGGUAGAGGAGGAGGAGGAGGUGGAAGAGGUAGAGGAGGUGGAAGAGGAGGUGGAGGAUUAAGAGGACACAGGAAGGAGGAGGACAACCUGAGGCGGCUGCGAGUUUCUGUGGAGAAGUUCGCGAGGGGCGCAGACGGAGACUUGAAAGAAAGCGAGGGCUCGGACUUUCGGGGUCCCUCCAGGGGGCUCUCGAGGGGUACCUCCCGUGGGGGUACCUCCCGUGAUGACUCGAGGGGUCCCUCCCAGGGUCUCGCGAGGGAUCUUGCUCAAGGUCCACAACGGGGUCUCUCUCGGAGGACUUCAAGGGGCGGUUCCUCCAUGGGGGGCUACACACGGGGCGCUUUCAGUGGUCUCCACAAGGAUCCACCACGGAGCGACUCCGGGGACCCCUCGCGGGAUCUCCCAAAGGGUCCCGGCGACGCCGACGCCGGCGGUGUCCCCCACGGGCCCUGCGGGGGUCGCCUCUCUCGGGGUCCCGCUCAGGGACCCUCGCGCAAGGAGAGACGCAGGCGGGAGCGGGCGCUGAAGAAGAGCAAGCGGCAGGAGCACUUCGCCAAGUUCCAGCGGCAUCGCCCUGGCGGCGGUGGCGGCGAUAAAAACAAGGGAGGUGGUGGAGGUGGAGGAGGUGGUGGUGGAGGAGCAGCGGCGUCGGUAGCGAGCCGCAAGGCGCGGGGCAAGGGUCAUCUCGCGAGGGCCGACGCCGAGUCGGAGGAGGGGAAGGAAGUCGUCGUCGGCAAGACGGCGACGCACGAGCGAGGGCUGCACGACGAGACGAGGGUUGGCAAAAGGAAGAGAAUCUACGACGACGACGACGGCGACAGCAGCGGGGCCGAGGAUAGCGAGGGCGAUGUUGGCGACGAGGUGAGGGCGACGCGAGCCGGCGAGGUGAGGAGGAUGGGUCUGAUGGAGGCGAACCGAGCGGAGGAGAGGGAGAUAAAGCGUCUGGAGAAGCUGCUCCACAUGGACAAGAAGAAGAAGAGCAAGAGGAGGGGGGGAGAGUCGGAGGAGGAGGCGAGGCUUCCGCAGGCGUUCAUGCUGGACGGCCUGGACUACAUCCUGGACGCGGUGAGCGGGCGGAAGGCGCUCGCGUUUUACGAGGAGGACGAUGAAGUGGUGAUGCGAGCGCAGGAGGAGGUGAAGGAGCAGAGACCGCGGCGUCUCGAAGAGGUCGCGGGCAACAAGGUCGCGAUUCCGGAACGGGAGCGACAGAAGGUGGCAGGGAGCGGCGAUGAGGCGUCUUCCGAGGACGAGCUUGGGUUGUCGGAUGAUGAAGAUGAUGAUGGAGAUGAUGAUGAAGAGGAUGAUGAAGAGGAGGAGGAAUUGUCGGGCGACGAGGAGGAGGGUGAGGGAGGAGGCGAUCGGAGCGAAGAGGAGGAAGGAGGAGAUGACGUGAUUGAUGAUGAACUCGCAGGACAGGAGCAGCUGUCUGCUGUCGAAGAUGUUAAUGAUGUAGAUGAUGACGAUGUAGAAGAUGAUGAUGACGAUGUAAAAGAAGAUGAUGACGAUGUAGAAGAUGACGAUGUAGAAGAAGAUGAUGACGAUGUAGAAGAUGACGAUGUAGAAGAUUAUGAUGGUGAUGAUGGUGACAGCGCCUCAAAGGAUGAUGCGUGUGAGAGCGGUGGUGAUGAAAACGACCAACCCAGCCUUCCGGCGGCGGCUGCUGCUUCUGCGGACGCAACCCAAGCCGUCAAGUACGUCCCCCCGCACCAGCGCAUGCGGCCUCCCGAAGAAGACGCCAAGAAAAAGGAGGAGCUGCAAAGGCUGAGCAAGACCGUGAGAGGGCUCGUUAAUCGGCUGAGCGAGGCGAACCUGCCGUGGGUGAGCGGCCAGCUCGAGGAGCUGUUCCUGCGCCACAGCCGGCACGACGUGACCAGCACGCUGACCGGCGCCGUGCUUGCCGCGUGCGUCACGCCGGCCCCCACUCCCGAGCGGCUGCUCGGGGAGCACGCGAUGCUCGUCUCCGCGCUGCACCACAACGUCGGCGUCGAGAUCGGCGCCGCUUUCCUCGAGGCUCUGGCCAAGCGCUUCGACGCGCUCCACCGCGCCCGGGACGGCGGCGACGACGACGGCGGCGGCAAGGAGUGCGACAACGCGGCGGCGCUGCUGGCCCAGCUCUACCUGACACGCAUGGUGCACUGCUCGCUGGUGCUCGACGUCCUGCGCCGGCUGGUCGCCUCCUUCGGCGAGCGCGACCUCGACGCGGCGCUGCUGCUGCUGCGCUCGAGCGGCACGACGCUGCGGCGCGACGACCCGCUGGGGCUGCGCGAGCUCGUGGCCGAAGCGCAGCGCAAGGCCGCCGCCGUCGGGGGGGGGGCGGCCGCCGGAGGGGCGCGAGCCGACGGCACCGCGCGCGACGGGACCAGGGUGCGCUACCUCCUGGACACGAUGCUGGCGCUCAAGAAUAACGACGUGCGCAAGAUUCCCGGUUACGACCCCAGCAACCUGGAGAGGCUGCGCAAGCUCCUCCGCUCCCUGGUGCGCUCGCAGGCCGGUGGCGACAGUGACCGCGUGCUGCGCGUGUCGCUGGAGCAGCUGCUCUCGGCGGACCGCGUUGGGCGCUGGUGGAUCGUCGGCUCGUCGUGGAGCGGGGCGGCGCCUGCGACCACGGGCGCCGACGAGGGGCAGCCUGAGCUGCCGGUCGGAGGGGAGAUGAGCGCCAAGAUGAUGGAGCUGGCGCGCAAGCAGAGGAUGAACACGGACAUUCGGCGCGGGAUCUUCUGCGUGCUCAUGACGAGCGAGGACUACGUGGACGCCUUUGAGAAGCUCGUGCGCAUGGGGUUGAAGGAGAAGCAGGAGAGGGAGAUCGUGCACGUGCUUAUGGACUGCUGCUUGCAGGAGAAGUCCUUCAAUCCCUACUACGCCUACCUCGGACAAAAGCUCUGCCAGUUUGACCGCAGGUUUAAGAUGACAUUCCAGUUCAGCAUGUGGGAUCGCUUCAAGGCCCUGGGAAACCUGAACGCCACAGCCACCACCAACCUCGUCAACGUGCUGAGUCACCUGCUCGUCCACAAGGGCCUCUCCGUGACCGUGUUCAAGGCGCUGGAGUUCAGCGAGAUGGACAAGCUGUCGGUGAAGUUUCUCCGUCAGGUCCUGCAGAAGCUGCUCCUGGAAGCCUCCGAAGAGCAUCUGCCUGACAUAUUUUCAAAGGCGGCGGGCAACCCCAAGCUCGCUCUGCUUCGGGAGGGACUCAAGAUUUUCAUGCGGCACUUCAUGCUGCGCGGAGCCGCGUCGGGGGACGCGGACGAGGCCGAGCUGCUGCGGCAGAGGAUCGAGGUGGCGGAGAAAGCCCUGGAGCAGGAGCGGAACCCGGCCGUGAAUCUGUGAUGGUCGCACGCGGUUACCGCUGCUAUUGUCGCCUCCACAAGAAGACUGCGCCACCAACCCUGUCAUUCGGUCAGGGAGGCCUAGUGAUACGGCGAAACCGGUGAUGUGUCGUGCAAAACUCGAGCUCCGCGACAAUCCCACCGUCCGUUUUUUGAUGAAUGUUGGUUCAGCGCCGAUGAGCUUUGCUCAUUUACGUUUUUAAAAAAUAUUUUAUAUUUUCUGAUGAAAUAUUUAUUGAAUUGCGAUGCUCGUGGUAACUUACGCAUUAAAUAGGUGCUCUCCAAAACGUGCUCUCGAGUAAUUGAGUCACCCGGUCUGACUUUUGAUGUGUUUGUCGUGCUGCGCCACUCCGAUGGGUAUUUGUUCCACGGAAAGUCACGGUGAGCCAGUUGCCCAUCUAGUUCACAACAGAAAAAACUUCAAAGGGAUGUGUACGGAAGAAGAGGCAUCAACGGAACAACACGUGAGGGGUGCAUAGGCAACAGCAGUGCUUAAAAUAACCAAAAAAUAAGCCACAAAACAAGAACGAGGUAAUGAACACCUCCGAUCAGCAUGGUUGGCCAUGUACGGUGCGAAAGAAGUUCAACAUACACAUGGGACAGGUGAUUGUCCACGUCUUUAAUGUACUGCCACCUCCUGACGAGAGGGUAUGGCUCCUCGCAGGCCACGGGAAGGACGUUUCACAACAUUUGUCUGAUCCCCCAGCCCUCGCCUCCACAGUGCUGCCUUGCAGGUGUGUGCCGCCACCAUUACCAACACCCAGCUAGCUAUAAAGAGAUAAAAUUAUAAUUUCGCCAUUCUAUUGCUUUUGAGAUUUAGAAUUACAGUUCAACCACUUCCCAAGUUCAUAUUUCGAGCAGUGGGACGCUACGUGUUGCAUGGUUUUGAGUUUGCCAGGGCUGGCUUCGGUGGCAAAGGGAUAUUUAACCCAGUCCUGGGGCAUGCGCUUCAACAUUCUGACCAGCAUGCGGAGGUCGUCAGCAGCAGAGUAACAAAGGGCCUGGCGAUGUUACUUUUGUUAUCGCAAACAUCAAUUGUAAAUACUGUAAAUGUAGAACUUUGUUGCGGUGAUUAAAUUCGUAUCUUUGUGAAAAGUAAAACGCUUUUAUAUUA